ACGGCUUCCGUAUUACUGGUUUAUUCUCGCCAGUUGAUUGGCUGAAGACCGUCAACACAGAGUCGACGUGCAGUAAACGUUGUAGCCGCUAAGCUAAACCGAGCUAAGCUAACUCAAAAUGAGCCUCCGGAAGCAGACCCCCAGUGACUUCCUGAAGCAGAUAAUUGGAAGGCCAGUGGUGGUGAAACUGAAUUCUGGAGUGGACUACAGAGGUGUUCUUGCUUGUCUUGAUGGCUACAUGAACAUAGCUGUGGAGCAGACAGAGGAGUAUGUCAAUGGUCAGCUGAAGAAUAAGUAUGGAGAUGCGUUUCUCAGAGGAAACAAUGUGUUAUACAUCAGCACCCAGAAGAGGAAGAUGUGAAAGAGCUUCUGAAUUAUGUGACAAGUGGAAGUUAGUGUUUCCUGUUGGUAUUAUGUUAUUUUAGUUUGCUGUUAAUACACUGAUGUUUUUGUUUCUCAGUGACCUUUUGUAAAAUUUGUAUUGGUAUUAAAUGCACAUGGUGCAAUAAAUUCUUAUUUUCACCCCCCCCG